AUGGCCCAUUCGAAAAGAAAUACUUCCUUACCGCACUUCACCUCCUACGAGCGCAGUCUCCUGCGCUCAACCUGGGGAACGCAGCGCGGCGUCAUCGGUCGUGACUCCUUCCUCCCCUUCGACUCGUGUCGACUCUGUCUUCACCCCGCCCGCAACCCGGUCGUCGCCUGCGCCUCGCACGGUGAUCUCUUCUGUCGCGAAUGCGCCAUCAACGACCUGCUCGCCCAGCAUCAGGAGAUCAAACGACUGGAGAAACGUCGCGACGCCGCCCGCAAGCGACUCGCCGACGAUGAACAACGCACUCUCGAAGAGGCGCGACAGCGCGAUCUCCACGAUUUCGAACUCGUGAGCAUGGGAUUGGAUCCCGCUAGGGACAAGGAUGAGAGUAAGGAUGAUCAGAAUAAUAAGAAGCGGAAAGCCGAAGACGCAUCAGACACUCUGGCUUUCAAAUCCCGCGAGGUCGAAGUCAACGGGAAACGGAAGAAGGUGUUCGAGCUGGAUGAGAAGGAGCUUGCGCGCGUAGCUCGUGAGGAACAAGAACGAUUGAAAACCGAGCUGAAGAGGGAAAAGUCCGAGAGCAAAUCCGCUUUACCCUCCUUUUGGGUCCCCUCGUUGACGCCCACGACCGACCCUGACGAAAUCGCUGCCAAUCAAGCCGUCAAGUUGACUCCGAUCUGUCCGGCGUCCUCGGAGGAUAAACGCCAUGGUUAUUCGCUCAAGUCGCUGGUCGACGUGCAUUUCACUGAGGAAAAGACGACCGAUGGCUCUGUUGCUCGUAUCUGUCCUAGUUGUAAGAAGACUCUAACGAAUGGUCUCAAAGCUAUGCUGACUAAACCGUGCGGCCAUGUCAUCUGCCAACCUUGCGUCUCUAAAUUCAUGACUCCCCACGAUGCCCCCGAUCCCCAUGCUACGAAAAAAGAACAGGAGCAGACGGCGGCGCUACACGGCCGCAUCCUCUGCUACGUCUGCGAAACCGACGUCACUCCAGAGGAUGCCAGCACCAAGAAGAAGAAAAAGAAAGAUGGCAUCCAGCCCGGGUUGGUCGAGGUCAGUUCCGAGGGAACUGGGUUUGCAGGAGGCGGAGGAAACAUAGCCACCAAGUCGGGGGUUGCGUUUCAAUGUUAA